AUGAUUUUAGGUUUAUUUACCAAUCGAUCUCAUUAUAUGGCAUUUAUCGUUUGCUUAAUCCAAGUAGCGUAUACUAAUCCAUCCGAUCAAGUGAUACAGCAGCCUUUUGACACCUGUAAUUGCUCACUAACUGUGAAGGAUAAUGUAUCUGAAUAUGCCCGAUUUCGAGAACUUACCCGACCAAAAACAAUUCGAGUAAUCUUUUUUAAUUUGACUAUAGAUAAUAAGAAUCUGCAGACUGAUCAUAAAAACCAUGACUUUUAUGGAUGGGUUAGAGAAGAUGCUGGUAUAGCUAUGAUUUCUUUAUCUACCGAUUACAUUGCUACAGGCUUAAACCUAUAUGCAGCUUUCACACACGAACAGAGUUUCAAUCUUAUUGAAUCAAACCAAGGUUGCUACGCUCGACUAACAAAUGAUUCCCAAAAAAUGCAUAUCGUAUUUACAACAUUACUACAAUUUACAAAUUUAAACCAAGGUUGUUAUGGUCAAAAUUGUUCUACAAUAUGUUGGCGACGCUUUAAUAGAGAAGAUAUAUUCCUUAAUCAUAACGUAUCCUAUUCAUGCUGUAAUAGAGAAACCAUUAACCCCAAAAUUAACGUUAGCACAUGUCUAGUCCCUCCAAAACAACUUUGGUAUGGUCCUGCUGUACAAAUAAUUUCCAUUAUACUUAGCUUGCUUAUGGCUGCUACACUAAUAGAUAAACUUUUUAACAACUUUUUGCAAGAAUUAGGCAGUUAUCGAUAUUUCCGACAAGAAUCUCUCCUUACCUCAGAUCAGAGCCAAACUCAUCAAUUAAACCAACUCCUAACUAAUAAUUCGCAUCAGGAAUCAAUUCAAAACUCAUCUCAUCAAUCAUUGCUUAGAUCAUCUCAUCAAAUGAGUGGAGCAUACUUAAGAUGCAGCAUUUGUAUAUUACCAAAUUCGACAAAUCUAUUGCAGAUGGUUAAGGUUCGCAUCUUAGAUACGUUACACUUUCAAAAUGUUAACUAUCUCUACUUUUCUGAUUAUGCUACCAAGUACCAUUGGCUAGAAAUUAAUCAUUGUAUUAAAUUACUAUCAUUUAUUAUUUUGUCUGGUGGGUUGGGAUUUCUUUCUAUUAUUGUACAACGAAAUUCAACACUUUUUAUUGUUAUGCCUAGGUUUUAUCAAUUGGAGAAAUUUCACAAUAUUAAAGAACUAGGUUUAAUUAUAGCAGUAAUUUGUGUACCAUACAUAUUGAUCUUAAUUGUAGCCUAUUUGAAACAAGUAUGGUCUAGUGAUUCAAAAAAAUUGUUUAAUCAAAGUCACGCCAACGAUCAAGAGCUACUAUCUAGACAAACAUACUUGACACCAAGUAAUGACCGACAGUCCUAUCACCAAAUUAAGAUUAUUCUUGUUGAUAUGAAACGCCACUUACUCUCUCUACAAUUAUUUCAAUUUAUCAAAGAUCUCUUAACAUUUAUAAUCUGCUUGCCAUUUUGUAUGUUUGGACUUAUUGGACUUUUAAGAGCUUUCUUUUUUAUUUCUGAACUAUUAACUUUUAAAUUGAAAGGAAAUUUACUCCCUAAGAGAGCGAAUUGGCCUUUAGCAUAUCGUCUUAUGUCAGUUAUCAUGACGAUAUACUCUGUUUUUUUCGUCAUUUUUACUGCAUCACUUUUAAUUGGCGGUUUACAACUGAUUAUUAGAAUCUUCAUUACUAUGACGACAUUUAUUUUCGCGUUUUCUACCAAUUUCAAUGUAAUUAUUGUUAUUAUGAUUCCAUACUCGCAUCACAUUUAUUUGUUAUUAAGUGCAUACUCUAAUCGAGGUCCUCUUAUAUGUCACCGGAUUAUUGCUGUAAAAUCAAGAAUUGAAGAAAAUAUUCAAACAAUAUUGGAGAGUAAGCAAGGUUAUUUGAGAGUUAAUUUUAUUAUCGCUGAAAAUAACAGUAUUAAUAACGUAGAAUUUGAUAUCCCAGAAAUGUUAAAUGAAGAAAUUAUCAAAAAAAGUAUUGAGGAUUGCAUCAAGCGAAGUCUUAGAGAUGGCUAUCAUCAUGCAAUUAAUGGAACUUCGAGCAUCAUUUUUCAUUACUCACGUAAUGAGUCGGAUAAUAACAAAGUUACAGUCAAAUUAUUGCAAUGUGGCUUCGGUUGUGUAAAAUGUACUUUUGACAACGGAUACAGCACACUCACAGGGAUAAUUGAAGCUCACUUACAAAACAGAGAUUCUCAUUAUUUUCGUACUAAAUUAACUCCUACCUACUAUGAUAUAUAUGAAAAUGGAACUCAUCAAUGCACAGGUAUUCCAGCAGAAUUAUACGAUUAUCUGAAAUAUUAUACAUCUGAGAUUUCAAUUAGUCCAUUACAAGUAGCAUUUAACAUUUUAAUCGUAACAGGUCUAUUCUUUUAUUAUAUCAUUACAUUCUUUCUAGUUUAUGAAUUUCGUUCAAUUUCAUCGUUAAAUUCGAUUAUUGCUAAUACCUCGAUUGCCUAUUUAGCUACAACUCUAACUUUAAAGUAUUUCAAACUAUUCGAGAUCAAGAAUGAAAGAAUCGACAAGAUAUUAAUUCUUAACAUUACUCAAUAUCGACGAGGUUAUAAAAUAUUUUUCAAGCGAGGCGUCGAAUUUCAACCUAUUUCUCAGAUGAUAAGCAUGGCCGUAAGAUAA